UGAUUAUCUCAGAUGCAGUAGCUGUCUCCGGCGGUGUUGCCAAACUUCCGUGUGACAUCACCCCUGUCUCCCUCACCAACGGCGAUCACCCCCAUCUUGUCAUCUGGUACAAAGAUGGCAACGCGCUUCCCAUUUACACUUUCGACGCCAGAGACAAAACUGAGGAGCAGGCACGUCAUUGGUCGGACGCGACCGCCCUAGGUGGGCGGGCCUUCUUCAGGGCUGCCGAAAAACCCUCAAAACUGACCCUUGAAGGGGUGAGAGAGUCGGAUGGAGGGGUGUACCGGUGUCGAGUCGAUUUCAAAAAAUCGCCCACCCGUAAUCUCCGGGUCAACUUGACUGUUAUCA